AUGAAGUUGUUAAUUCCACCCGCGCUCAAUGCUCCUUUUGUCUCGUCCCCCGACAGUCUCAUGACGAGUGCUCAUCGUGUGUCUUCAUACGGAAACUUCCGGGACGCUGUGCGUUUUACGCAUAACCCUGACCAAGAUGAUGUUUCGCAAUAUGCGACAUACACACAUCCUAAUCUCGUAAAAGCCUUGAGCCGUAAACUUUGGUUACCUCGUAAUCCUUUCAAAAAAAUAUGCUUGGACGAUACAGUUGAACUAUACAGAGCAUUAACUUCGAGCGAAGGUGGUUCUGGAGUAAUUGGAUACCUUGGCGAAGCCAGUACAUACUUGGGCGAAGCUAGAGUUAGCAUUUACGGAGAACACGAAUUUCCUAUUUCUCCACUUCAUCAACGCUGUGCUACUGGCGAAUCUGAUGUUCGAAAAAUGAGGUCCGCUGAAGCCAUUCAUGAUGGUAAUAAUGAAGGCAGUAAUGAACAUUCGCCUUUUGAUUGCGCACUUUUUUCACCCGAUGAAGAGGGGGUUGUAAGCUUAGGUGAGUUUGUAAGUGGAGAGUUGGAGUCAGGUGAAUUGACAAGCGGGGAAGAAUAUUAG